AUCUUAUCUGUGCUUAUCUAUAAACAUGUCUUACGAAAGAGGAGAAGUAUACGGGGCCCAGGUUUUGCCUGGAGAGGAACCAGAAGACAAUUCCUUUAAUGAAAUCAUCAAGGCCUUCAGAUCAUUCAUCCUUGAGUUCAGAUUGGAUACCCAGUUUAUCUACAGAGACCAGUUAAGAGAGAACCUCUUGAUCAAAAACUACUACCUCAAGGUCAACUCGGAGCAUCUUAUCGGCUUCAAUGAAGAGUUGAACAAGAAGUUGACUGAUGAUCCCACCGAAAUGAUCCCCUUGUUUGAGACCGCCAUCACUGAUGUCGGUAAGAGAAUUGCGUACUUGUCCAACGAUGAAGUUCCUUUGGACUUCCCCACAUGUCAGUUGAUCUUGUAUUCGAAUGCAUCCAGGGUUUCCAUCAGAAACCUCGAUUCCGAAUACAUUUCCAAGAUCGUCAGAGUAAGUGGUAUCAUCAUUUCCACAUCCGUCUUAUCUUCCAGGGCCACUCAAGUCCAAUUGAUUUGUCGUUCUUGUAAACACACAAUGAAGAUUAAGCUUAAAACCGGCUUUGGCCAAAUUAAUUUGCCCAACAGAUGUCAAGCUCAGCACAACAUGGAUGAACAAACCACCCAAGAAAAAUGCCCUCCUGAUCCUUACGUGAUCGUCCACGACAAAUCAACUUUCAUUGACCAGCAAGUAUUAAAGUUGCAAGAGUCUCCUGAUAUGGUGCCUGUUGGUGAAAUGCCAAGACACAUCUUGUUACAAGCCGACAGAUAUAUGACCAACCAAGUUGUUCCAGGUACCAGGGUCACUAUCAUCGGUAUCUAUUCUAUUUACCAGGCCAAGCAAAAGGGUGCUGGAGGAAAUAUGAAUACUGUGGCUAUCAGAAACCCUUAUCUCAAAAUUCUAGGAAUUCAGACCGAAAUUGACAAUGGGGUGCACGGUGAUGGAAUCACCUUCACCGAAGAAGAGGAGGAAGAGUUCUUGAAAUUGUCAAGAAUGCCAAACUUGUACGAUAUCUUUUCUAACUCUAUUGCCCCUGGUAUUUAUGGAAACCAGGAUAUCAAAAAAGCCAUCACUUGUUUAUUGAUGGGUGGAUCGAAGAAGAUUUUACCGGAUGGGAUGAGAUUAAGAGGAGAUAUCAAUGUUUUGCUAUUGGGUGACCCAGGUACAGCCAAGUCCCAGCUUCUUAAAUUUGUGGAAAAGAUUUCGCCAAUCUCCGUCUAUACAUCUGGUAAAGGUUCGUCUGCAGCUGGUUUAACUGCAUCCGUGCAAAGAGACACCCAGACUCGUGAUUUCUACUUGGAAGGUGGUGCCAUGGUGUUAGCAGAUGGGGGUGUUGUGUGUAUUGAUGAAUUUGAUAAGAUGAGAGAUGAAGAUAGAGUCGCCAUUCACGAAGCCAUGGAACAACAAACUAUUUCCAUUGCAAAGGCCGGUAUUACAACCGUAUUGAACUCCAGAACCUCUGUUUUGGCCGCUGCUAAUCCCAUUUAUGGUAGAUAUGACGACUUGAAGAGUCCUGGUGAGAAUAUUGAUUUCCAAACCACAAUUUUGUCCAGAUUUGAUAUGAUUUUCAUCGUUAAAGACGACCAUAAUGCAGACAGAGAUAUAUCUAUUGCUAAGCACGUUAUGAAUGUUCAUAUUGGAAACAAGAAUGAACAAGUGCAAGAAGGAGAAAUUCCUAUUCAGACCAUGAAAAGAUACAUUCAGUAUGUGAAGUUGAAGUGUGCUCCAAGAUUGAGCCCAGAAGCCUCAGAAAGAUUAGCAUCUCACUUUGUUUCUAUCAGAAGAACUUUACAGUUGAACGAAGCUAACAUGAACGAGAGAUCCUCUAUCCCAAUCACGGUCAGACAAUUGGAGGCUAUUAUCAGAAUAACUGAGAGUUUGGCUAAAUUGAGAUUAUCACCAAUUGCAACUGAAGAACAUGUCGAAGAAGCCAUCAGAUUAUUUACAGCAUCCACCAUGGAUGCCGUUGAUCAAGGUGUUUCGAGUGGAGGUGUAUCAUCAGAUCCAAACUUGGCAAAUGAAAUCAAACAGGUUGAGAUUGAGCUCAGAAGAAGAUUACCGAUCGGUUGGUCAACUGCUUACAAUACACUCAAAAGGGAAUUUGUUGAUUCCGGUAAGACUUCUCAUCAAGCUUUGGACAAGGCAUUAUAUAUCAUGGAGAGACAUGAAGUGAUUAGGUUUAGACAUCAAAGACAAAACGUCUUGAGAUGUGGAGUAUAGGUUUAGUUCGUUCUAGUAUUAAUUCUAAUGUACAUGU